GUGAAGCAGUUUGUAGAUCGAUGGUCUGGCGCCAUCGUCAAGGAGGCCGAUGCCCUGAUACAAGCCAAGGCCCUGGUUCCUCUUUCAAUCGAACAGCAGAAGGCCUUGGAGGCCUCUGGAAGAUUGGUUAUACUGCCGGCCAAGGGUGUGUUCACUGUUAAGCCCCCUGAUGAGGAGGUUUUGGUUGGCCCAGAUGGAAGGGAACUACCGCAUGGCUCCCCGGAGUUCUACAAGAGAAAGGCACGCCUUGUGAUCUGUGGUAAUUUUCAGACAAAGCAGGCCAAGGAAGACUCCUAUGCUGGAGGAUGCCAGACCGACUCCCUUCGUGUCAUGUUGGUGCAUUGUGCCGCAAAGGGCUGGUUGAUAGCCGUUACAGACAUUCGGAAUGCCUUUAUUCUGGUUCAAGCCGACUCUUCUGAGAUCAUCGUCGGCUAUAUCAACAUUUACGUUGACGACCUCCUGUAUAUGGGGGAGGAGAAGGCUGUUUGUGCGGCUUACUCGUGGCUUACUGAAGAGUGGAAGGCGUCUCCGUUGACUUGGGCGGGAACGGCCUCUACCAUCAGGUUCCUCGGCCUGGAAAUAGGCCGUACUGAGUCUGGUGGCGUAAGAAUUCACCAGCGUGGCUACAUCGAAGAACUACUUCGGCAUCACGACCUUUGGAAGUCCAGGGGACAUGCUACGCCCUGCCCGCAGGAAUGGUUGUUGGGCGAGGCCGAGUUCUUCGAGAAGCAACACACUCCAGAGCAGUUGAGGCGUGCUCAGGCCUUGACUGGAGAGCUGCUUUGGCUCAGUGGAAAGAGCCGUCCGGAUUUGCUACAUACGGUAGCCACAAUGUCGGCCCUAUGCCUCAAGGACGCGGAGUUGGUUGAGAAGAUCGGCCUACGGGCCUUGGGCUAUCUCAAGGAUACGAUCGAUGUCGAGCUCUACUACAAGCCUGAGAGUACCCAACAUGUGAUUGUUGGGUACAGCGACGCGUCGUUUGCCCCACAGGGGUCGCGAAGCUUUGGUUGCAGCGUCGCCUGCUACCUCAACCAGCCUAUAUCGUGGCGGUGCGGAAGACAAUCCCUUAUCGCCCUUAGCGUUGCGGAGGCAGAGUUAAUAGAGGCUAUCAACGCUGUCCAGAUGAUGCAAGGCCUUGCGGCAUUUACCGGAGAGCUCCAAGAUGAGCCCCCGAAGAUGCAGCUGAGAGUGGACAACAGCGCGGCUGUUGGUCUCAGCAACGAGUCGGCGGCGACUUGGAAGACCCGCCACCUACGAGUACGUGCAUACCAUUUGAGAGAAGCUGUUCGCCUAAAGCAGCUAUCUAUAGUUCAUGUGGCUGGGGCAGACCAGCUUGGAGACUUAGGUGAGGAGGAGACUGAGGUUACACCCUCCGCCUUGAGUUCAAUGAGGACGGGGCUCAAUGGCUCGAUUGCCAUCUUGGCUCGCUUUGUUGUGGUGCUGGGUUGGUUGAUCCAAGGAAGCCGGGCAGCCUCUACUACAUCCUCGGGCAUUGAGGUCAGCAUGCCCUGGGACCUGUACGGCUUGGCGGUGCUGUGUGUCAUUGCGGCUAUAGCGGUUUGGGAAGCCAUAAAGUGGUUCUUUGAAUGGAUUUCCUUGGGAAGAAAGGGAUCUGUCGAAGAGGCUAGGGGUGCGAGAUGUUGGGUCCUCUACCCCGCCGGCUUCUUCGAGAAGACCUACACCGCGUGCAUCGCCCUCCCGGACACCGACUACUACGAGGCGGUCUGUUGA